GUCAAACUGUCUUCUCUGUCGCUGCACGUCCUUCUGGCCCAGUUGAGUCCCCUUCUGGCAGGUUUUGACCUCAUGGACGAGCGUUCAAAGGAGGCGGAGGAGGAAGAGGAGGAAGGAGAGGAUGAGGAAGAGUCGGUGGAGGUGACUUCGAGCCUCCUGCAUGCCCAAGAGGGCCGUCUGCGCUUCUGCAGUUCUCAGGUGGCUUCUGUCGUGCAAAAGAUCUGCUUUGAAACUGGUACCUCUUUCGGGCGUUUCAACUCCACCCGACGCCUUGGCUACACGACACCCGCGAGCAGUCGUCUGAUGACGGCGCGCAGAUUCAAGACUGAAUCGGGCGGUUUUAGAGCGGCACCGCCUCCAACGCCCCAGCUCUUCAACACGCCGAAUCGCCUCCAGGCCUACCUGCUGUUGUUGAUAGAGUUUGCUAAGGACACGAACGAUGCUGUCUACUACGCUUUUCAUGCUGGUCAACUCGACUUUGUGCGUUCGAUGCUGUCCUCUGUAGACUAUCUCCAGAAGAAGGCUAUUAAGCACGACACAUCCUCUCUUCUGGAGGAGUACCUUGGAUUUUCAACUAUGUCUCCCGAAAUCAUUGCAGCAUGGAAAGCUGAAGUCCUUCAAGAUGAGCACGACGCGUUCCAGGCCUGCCGGGCCUACGUGCUGCGUUCCUCUGGCCUACUUGCUAAAUUUCCUCGACUGACGGCCCAACUGCUGAUCGAAAACAGUCCUGACUUGGGUAUGAUAGGUGCCAAGAGUAUAGAGGCCAUGCAAUUGCCCUAUCAUGUCGUUAGAUUCAACAAGUCAAGUAUCAAUGUGAUGCCAUCGCCGGCCAUUGUCUUUCGGCCAAAUUGUGCCACUGGUUUGGCCUCGCCCACCUCAAUUACGGCUACUUCUGACGGCGCUCUCCUUGCUUGCGGCUCCGAAAAUGGAAGCAUCAGUCUCCUAGAUUCAUCCAGUGGAAAGUCGUCCGUUCUUUUAUGCUGCUAG